GCACUUUUGUUUUGCUGUGUGUCUGUGAGUGUGUGUAUUUGACAGUUGAGAAGAAGGCCCUCACAGCACGGAUGCACCCUAAAACCCGAGGUCUGACCUUUCACCUCCUUAUGGCUGAUGACUGAGUUGUUUUGUCUCUUGGUUUGAUGAAGAUGAAGAUGCAGCUCCGAACAGUCGCUGAUGUGAACGUGGUGGAUGUGCAGAAAAGAAGGAAUCCCUCCAAACACUACGUGUACCUUAUCAAUGUCACUUACCCGGACUCCACUUCCCAUGUCAUCUACAGAAGAUACAGCAAAUUCUUUGACCUACAGAUGCAAAUCCUCGACAAAUUUCCAAUUGAAGGAGGACAGAAAGACCCGAAAAAGAGGAUCAUUCCAUUUUUGCCAGGCAAAGUCUUGUUUCGACGAAGUCACAUAAGAGAUGUAGCUGUCAGAAGACUGAAGCACCUGGACAACUACUGCAAAGCACUGAUGAAACUUCCUUCCCACAUUUCCCAAAGUGAGGAGGUUCUUAAAUUCUUUGAGACCAAAGCAGAUGACCUCAACCCUCCCACAGAAGACUGCGGCGGGUCCGGCAAACGUAAAUCAGGUGUAGAUGCAUCAGAUCCCAUGCUCUUGGAACAGUAUGUCGUGGUGGCCAAUUACGAGAAACAAGAGCCUGCAGAAAUCAGCCUUCAAGCGGGUGAGGUGGUUGACAUCAUUGAGAAGAGUGAGAGUGGUUGGUGGUUCGUCAGCACCGCUGAGGAGCAGGGUUGGGUCCCUGCCACCUAUCUUAACGCCCACAGUGGCACACGGGAUGACUUGGAGCUGGGUGCCUCUAAAACUGGAGAAGUUAUUAAGCGCCAAAAGGCUCAUCUGAAGAGGGUAGACCGGCGAUGGACGCUGGGAGGCGUCAUCAGCAGGCAGCAGAGCCGAGAAGAGAAGUACGUAACUGUGCAGACAUACUCCAGCCAAGGCAGAGAUGAAAUUGCUUUUGAGAAAGGAGUCACCGUGGAGGUGAUUCAGAAGAACCUGGAAGGCUGGUGGUUUAUCCGGUACCAGGAUAAAGAGGGCUGGGCUCCAGCAUCUUACCUGAAAAAGGCAAAAGAUGACUUCACCCCGCGUAAGAAGACAGUGACAGGCCCAGUGGAGAUUAUCGGCAACAUCAUGGAGAUCAGUAACCUGUUAAACAAGAAGACCCCGACUGAGAACGUGCAGGACAAAGGCAUCCCAGAGAGCCCCCAGGUGGCCAGGAGGGAGAUCAGCCUACCAGUACUGUGUUCUGACACCAGUCCUCCUCAAACCCCGCAGGACGGGAAAAGCAAAGCAGAACCCACAUCACCAGCCGUGGCCCGUAUUGCCCCUCAUCGGGUGGAAAUUGGUUCUCCAAUUCUAAGACAAAAGCCUCCUCCUCGAAGAGAUGCAACCUUGGGAUUCCAGUUGCCCUCCCCACCAGAGCCCCCUACGGUUGAAGCAGAGUAUUACACCAUUGCAGAGUUUCAGUCCUGUAUAUCAGAUGGUAUCAGUUUCAAUGGAGGACAGAAAGCAGAGGUCAUUGAGAAGAAUUCUGGUGGUUGGUGGUAUGUACAGAUAGGAGAAAAGGAGGGUUGGGCUCCUUGCUCCUACAUUGAUAAACGCAAAAAGCCAAACCUGAAUCGUAGGACAAGCACUCUGUGCCGGCCAAAGGUUCCACCCCCAGCUCCACCUGUGAAAAAACAGGAUUCGGUGGAGACUGCACCUCCAAGUAGCCCAGGGUCUGAGGCUCCAGAGUCCCCUGUGUCUCCUGGGAGACCUGUGUAUGAAGAACCAGAAUAUGAUGUUCCUGCUAUUGGUGACCUGGACCUGGAGUCUGAGUUUGAGUUUCUCAGAGGUGAAGGUUCCUUGGUGGAUGCAAAGAAUGAAGAAUCUGAGAGAGGUUGUCAUUUGUCCGCUAAAGCAUCCCCAGCUUCUUCUCUCCACAGUGCCUCCUUCAAGGUGGAUGAGUUAUAUGAAGAUAGUCAUGAAGCAGAGGGGGAGGCAGAGGAAGAGUGUAUCUAUGAGAAUGACAGCUUCCGGCCUUUCAGGGAGACACCAGAGAGGCAGUGCAGCAGGGACUCAAAUUCCUCCAAGGCAAGUGUCUCGUCUGAUACUGGCAAGACCACAAACAUAAACCCAACAUCAGGAGGAUGGCGACCUACAGGAAACAAGCUGAAAAUUGACAUAAAUGGGAGCUUGUUUUCAAAUAAAUCUGAAGAAGUCUCCAGUCCUAAAUCUGCUUCCACUGAGUCUACGCCAGAUCUGUCCCAGGAGUCCAGCCCUAAGAAGGACCAAGAAGAGAACAAGAAGAAACCUUCCUCUAAAUUAAAGCCAGUGGUGAGGCCCAAACCACAACUAGCCAAAGCCUCCAGUGCAGAGAAGAUGGACAUCAGUACCUUAAGGAGACAGUUGAGGCCAACAGGACAACUAAAGAAUGGCACCAAAACUUCCAAGGGCGAGGAUUCAGAAACGGCCUCAGUCGUCUCUUCUGAAGACUCAUUCUCAUCUCAAAGCACAUCUGAUCUCUCCUCCAUCUAUUCCAAAGGAAGCCGGGGAGACUCUGACCUGGAAGCUUGUAGUCUUUAUCGCACCACUGAUCCCUAUGAGAAAGUCCAAGACUCUGAGCUCAGCUUCCCUGCUGGAGUGGAGGUGGAAGUGCUAGAGAAGCAAGAGAGUGGUUGGUGGUAUAUUCGCUGGGGUGACACAGAGGGCUGGGCCCCAACGUACUACCUGGAGCUUGUCAGACAUCAAGAUGACAUGGAAUCAGAAUCUGAUGGUACGCCUACCAAAUCUGGAAGCCUCAGCAAGUCUAACAGCUUGGAAAAGAAUGAACAAAGGGUGCAGGCAUUGAACAACAUCAACCAAAAUCUAAAAAAGAUUACCCCACCUAUUCCCUCCAAGCCACCAGGUGGUUUUUCCAAACCCAUAGGCUUGUUCAGUGGAUCGCAGAAACAGAAUACCACCAAACAGCAGCAAAUUGUAAGACCACAAUCUGUGUUCAUAUCAGCACCAAUUGUGGAUGGUCAGAAGCCUGUCGGGUCUCUCAGGAGGAAUGAGUCACUCAACUCCACAGACCAUCCACGAUCCAGCCCUACAGUUCGACGCAAUGCCUCCUUUGGCACUGUGCCACACAACCUGGUGCCAAACAACUCAUCACUCUUCAACAAAAACAGAUCAGGUAAUGGUAGCGCUGAGUCUCUGGGCCAUGGCUCUCAGAAGAAUCCUUUCCCAGUGUCCACGGUAAAACCCAAGCCCCACAUCAUCCAUAACAACCUCAGAGAGGUGUACGUCUCCAUAGCGGAUUACCAUGGUGAUGAGGAAACCAUGGGAUUUCCAGAGGGGACAAGUCUGGAGGUUCUUGAAAGAAACCCCAAUGGCUGGUGGUACUGCAAGGUUCUGGACAAUGGCAGACCUAGGAAAGGAUGGGUUCCUUCAAAUUACCUCGAGAAAAAGCACUAGCAGUCAUGUACUGAUCUGGCAGAACUCUGAACAUGUAAAGACUACUUAAAACAAAUGCAUUUAUCUUAUAAAAACGUUCAUUCGAAGUGUAAGGGUUGAAUCUUAUACGGUACCUUCUCCAAAAAUGAGCUGUCACAUCAUAUGGAAUUAAUUCUUUGGUGAAAUGAGUCUCCAUGAACAAGUGCCUGACACAUGAUACUGUUUGUAGCAGUCUACCAAAGAGACCUACAGAAACAAAAAUAAUGGUUUAAUGCUUUAGUGGUAACUUUUAACUUGAAGCAAAAUAUUUGAAAGUGCAUCCUUUUGUGUCCAAAGUUUGAACUUUUUUUGUAACUUUCUAAAGUAAUUUGUUUGGAAGCCUUCUAAGCAUUUUAAAUCUUUUGCAUGUUUGAAACAGUUCUUUAUACUGACAAUGCCUUGGGCUGUUAGAAUAUUUUCCAUCUUAAAAAAACUCAACUUUUGCCAAAGCUGCUGUGUAUUAGUUUCAUUUUUAUGCUGUCUAUUUGCAUGUUUUUGUAUCCUUUAAUAUGUCACAUUUAUAUGUGAAAUAUUUUAACCAUUAAUGCCUAACGUUGUCUUGCAUCAUGAAACAAUUUGUGAGCAUCUCUGUUUAGUUCCCUUCUUUAAUUCUAAAGGAAUCUCUGGUUUCCUUGAAGUGUAUAGCUUUAUUUUUUUUUUUUCAUUUAAGAGGCUAUUGUUCAAAUUGAGUCUUUCCCAAUUUCAGAAAACUAUAUUUAUUCAUUACCUCAAACUCAUUUUAUUACUUAUUUUAUUAAUGAAAAGCCUUUUUACAAUUUUUUAAAGAACUGCUCGUUCCUUAUUUUAAUAUUUAGAAUUUCUGCUGGGCAGUAAAUUUGACAAAAACUCUUCAGCUGUGUUCAUACUGAGAUGCUCACAUUUGUUCUCGGUUAACUGUGUGACCAACUGAAGUGCCAAAUGAUUUAAUUCAAUAAAUGCACUUUGAAACAAUUA